AAUAGGGUCCGCGCGCCUUGACGGGGCUCCACAGUGCCGGCAUCGUGGGUCGUGAACGUGCCGGCUUCCGUGGAGUCGCCAGGAGGAGAUUUCCUGACCAGUGAAAACGGGCAAAUAGGAUGAUACAAGAUGGCGAAUGCGUUCCCACCGAGAUAACGCCAUCGCGAGGGUGUCCGGCGUGCUCGUCGGAACAUGAUCGCGAUAAGGCGGGCCAGGGAGCGGUUGGCUGGCUGUAUAAAACAUAGUAGGCCGGAGGAAACACUCAUCUUCUAUUCAGCAUCGCAUCUCAUACGAUUCUAUACUGUGUCUCUCUAGCUAGAGUCACACCUCUUGCCAUCAGGAUGGCGACUAUAGACGCAGGUGAGAAGAAGUCGCCCGCCGACGCGAUCAACCCCAUCACCGUCGACCCGGAAUCAGGACCACCCAGCACCACCGCCGACGACAUGGAGAAAGCACCAUUCACCUUUGUCGUGCAAGGCAAAGAUGGAACAACCCAGGAGGCCAUCCCAGACGAUGAUCCCCGGGUACGCGACAUGCCGCCCUACGUGCGCCAGAUCGUCAGCUUCACAGACGACCCGACGCUGCCCACGCUGACGUUCCGCUACUUCGUGCUCACCGUCGUCUUCGUCGUCCCCGGCUCGUUCCUGAGUAUGAUGAGCCACUUCCGCACCACCUACGCCCCGUACUCCAUCUUCUUCGUCCAGAUUGCGUCCAGCUACGCGGGCGUCUGGCUCGCCGACAUCCUCCCCGCGUGGAACGUCAAGAUCCCCCUUACGAAACUGGGCUUCAGUCUGAACCCGGGACCCUUCAGCGUCAAGGAGCACGUCCUCAUCACCAUCUCUGCCGCCUCGGGUGCCACGUACAACCUGGGCUACGCGCCCGUCUCCAUGGCGGAGUUGUACUUUGGGCAAAAGGUAAACCCUGCCGUGGCCAUCUUCUUCAUGUGGGGGAUCGUGUGGACUGGCUACAGCUUUGCUGCGAUUGCCCGCCAGUUCCUCAUCUACGACGCACAGUACCCCUGGUUCACGGCCCUGUGCCACACAGCCCUCUUUGAGACCCAAAAGAAGCAGCGCCAGAACCCGACACCUGAGUCCCGCAAGCAGACCCGGGUCUUCUUCCUCGUCCUUGGCGGGAUCACACUCUGGCAGUUCCUCCCCGAGUUCGCGUUCCCCAUGCUGGGCUCGCUGGCCUUCCUCUGCUGGGUGGCGCCCAGCAACCCGGUCGCCAACUUUGUCGGCGCCGGCUACGGCGGCAUGGGCUUCCUCAACCUGUCCCUGAACUGGUCCAGCAUCGCCACCAACUACAACCUCUUCCUGACACCGUGGUGGACCCAGGUCAUCAUCUUCGCCGGCUUCGUCUGCUCCUGCUGGAUCCUCCUGCCAGCCGCCAAGUACGGUGGUCUGGGCCAGUGGGACGAGCAACUCAUGUCGAACCGCCCGUUCCUCGAGAAUGGCACGGCCUACCCCAUUGACGCCAUCCUCACGCCCGACGUCUCCUUCAACGAGACCGCCUACGCCGAGUAUGGCCCGCCCUUUGUCAGCACCCAGGUUCUCUGGACCAUGUUCUUUGACUACGCGUCGUAUGCGUCCGCCAUUAGCUGGACAGCCUUCUUUGGCUUUAAGCAGCUCAAGGCGACCAUUCAGAAGAUCAGGGCGCGCGUCGGAAAGAAGGGUGUCCGGAUCAGCGAGCAGUACGACGACCAGCUCAGCGUCCUGCAGCGCUCGUAUGACGAGGUCCCGUUCUGGUGGUUCGCCGCCCUCUUUGCCGCUUCCUUUGUGUCGCUGGUCACGAUUGUCGCCACAAACAGUCUUUAUAUCCCUGUCUUUACGUACUUUGUCGCCAUUGCCACGGGCGCGUUCAUGGUGGUGCCCUUGGGCUGGCUCUACGCCCUGUCCAACUUCCAACUGCCCAUUGGCACCGUGAACGAGCUACUCUACGGCCUGAUGGUGAACGCCGUCAGCGGCCACAAGAACCCGGCCGGUGCGUCGGUGUAUGGCAGCAUCGCGGGCAACGCCUGGUACCGCGCGCAGUACAACCUGCAGGACAUGAAGAUUGGUCACUACAUGCACAUCCCACCCAAGGCGGUCUUCUUCUCGCAAGUAUUUGGCUCUGUCCUCGGCAUCCCGGUCAACUAUGCCGUCGUCAGGUGGGUGCUCGACACCAAAUUCGACUAUCUGACCGGCGCGCUCGAGGAUCCGACCCAUCAGUGGACGGCACAGAGCUUGGCGUCGAACUUGACCAUGGGUGUGCAAUACGUGCUUAUUGGCCCGAGGCGUCUGUUCCAGAUGCACAUCUACCGCGUGGUGCCGUAUGGAUUCCUGGCCGGGUUUGCCGCCCCCAAGCUCCUCUUUGGACUCAGCAAGCUGUUCCCCAAGGUCAAGUUCAGACUCUGGAACACGACCAUCUUCUUCGCGACCAUGGCGCUCUUUUACGGAAACAUUAGCACCGGCUACCUCAGCGCCUUCUUGGGCGGGUUCGUCGUCAUGUUCUGGGCGUACCGGUAUCGCUACGUGACAUGGGCGCGGUGGAACUACAUUCUCGCGGCCGCUUUCGACGCCGGAUUCAACCUGAACAUGCUGCUGGUGUUCUUGUUCUUUGGCUCGGGUAAGAUCAUCUCCAUGCCGUAUUGGUGGGGUAACGCCGAGUCGAGUAGUGAACGAUGCUUUGCGCUUGAUUCAUAAUAAGGUUCUGCUAUCGACACUUAAUUUCACGACAUGUGUCCUCACAGAAACAUGAAUAAAACGAAUUCAAGAAGAUUUGGUCAUU